AUGACCGACGGUCGUAAUCACGAUGAUGGAGAUGCUGGAAGGCCCUAUCGGUCUCGCAAGAACAGACCGUGCGACGCAUGUCGGCGCAGAAAAGUACUCUGUGAUCAGCCUAACGGCGCUCCCUGCGUCCGCUGCAUUCGGCUGAAUCAAGAAUGCACCUUCAACGAAGGUCCGAGGAAAAGGCUUCGUUCGCCUGAUGGGCAUCGUGAGCCGAUCCACAAUCAAGAAAGUCCGGGUGCGUUUACUAGGCCAAUGCCUGAUUUCGCUUCAUUUGAGAAUGGUCUCAUCUCCCCCUUGGCCUACAUCUCUGAGGAGGCUGUCCAUCUAGACCACACAACAUUGGCAGAGAGAUUCCCAGCCGUAAUUGGAGCAGAGCAGACUUCGAGAGGUGUAUCUGGUGCUUUGGCUGCCUUUGAGGGGGAUCAAAGAAGCCAGAUACAAACUUUGAACGCGCAGCAGGAUCACUUGAACGACGCGGAAAAGCCGCACAGCCUGCGGACCGGACAACAAGUUGACUUCGAACACCAAACAUCGCUUGAGUCAUUUCCAGACGCAUUCAGCUUCUACAUCGGUCCCACGGGGACUUCAGAUAUAUAUUUACUUCGUCGACAGACGUUCCGCGAUAGCAGCUUGUCCGCAAGCGUCGCUAGUGGGCUGAAGUUUCAGUUGACCGCGAAGCCAGACCGCCGUUCGGACCUGUCUGAUGAAAGCCCUCUGGUUGGGGAUUUUGAGGGCUUGGGUCCUUUACCGCCAACCAUUUUCGGCGUCACCGAUAAAAGCUUGGUGGCCAAUGCGGAACCUCGAGAGAGUCCAGAGGUAAUUGAACAAGCGUGGUCGGACUUUUGGGCUUUGGUCGAACCUGAUGUGGCGAUGCGCCUUGUUCGCCUUUAUCUUCGGUUCAUCGAGCCGCAGUUCCCAAUCCUCUCUAUCGACCAGAUUCCUGAAAGUCCAGAGUCCUUGCAAUCUAUGAACUUGGCAUUGCUUGCGGGUAUGUGUGCAACUGCGCUACCAUUUGCACUGUAUGAUGAUUCCCUCUACCGGUUGCAGCCCAGGCCACCGUCAAGUCAACAGUUGUAUCGGAUUUGCUGGUUAGUUCUGUGGCAGGAUUUCCAUGCCCCAACCCUAGUUACCAUCCAGAGCUGUCUCAUAUUCCAACAUCGACUGCCCACCAACCCGGUUUUGUCAGAUACUGCUUUUAAGUGGACCUUGAUGGGCUCAGCGGUCGCCGCGGCUCACACGGUAGGCUUGCAUCGAGAUCCUUCGGAGUGGCAUUUGAUCCCGCCAAACGAGUGUAAACUCCGCCGGAGACUCUGGUGGGCGUUAGUCGCAAUGGAGAAAUGGCAUGCGCUUGCCAGAGGUAUGCCCAGCCACAUAAGAGACGAUGAGAGCGACGUGCAGCCUUUGCAAGUACAAGACUUACCAGGCAGGCCCGAUUCGACGGAAGGCCAACUGCAUUUCCUUUACCUCGUCACUUUGACGACCCUUCUCUCCGUGAUUCAGAACACUUUCUACACUGUCCGCGCCAUUAAAACAACAGCUAAUGACUUGCACGCCAGCCUUGAAUUAGGCAGAGCCAUUCGCAUAAGGCUGCAAGAGUGGAAAGAUGGUCUCCCAGACAACCUGAAAUUUCGUCGACGCGAAGUCGAGCUCGGUUCGCGACAAGGGCCUACGUCAGAGUAUAUGGCGAGACGUCUUGACCCGACUGGCUCGCUCCAUCUGUCGUACAUUACGGUACACAUGACCCUCUUUCGAGCUUUGCUUCGACCACUUGAUCUUUGGACAAACAUCGCGAAGUAUGACACGGCAAAAGCUCGGUCAAUGUAUGACAUUGCUUUAGCAAUCGUACGAGGUGCGCUGCUCUGUGUCAGGGAACUUGUUGAGUUCAUGGAAGACCUGACCAAUUCUCAUUGGAACGCCUUCUGGCAUAGCUGGAGCCGACCGAAUUUCGCGAUGGCUGGAACGUUCAUGGUGCAUCUACUUCAAAUCAUAACCCCAGACGUUGAUGUGGCUUGUCCCUCUUUAUCAGAUCAACCGGGGCCUGGGCUCCAGGGCCUAUCUUUCAGAGACGAACAUAACGAACUCCAAAUACUCAUUCAGCGAUGGAGAUGGGCAAAUCGCAGUUGUACAAACAACGCUGCAGGUGCAAGAGGCCUGACAAAUCUUGGUCUCUUCAAAGUCGAGACGUUCUUGAUUUCACUUGGUAUUAACUUGCUCCCGGUAGAAGCAGACUAA